AUGGGCGAGCAGCCCAAGGACCGCAUGAGCCAGACGGCCAGCGGCACGCCGCUGCUCAACUUCGAGCCCAACCGGCCAUCGCGCGUCAUCCCCAGCAAGCAGGGCCUCGAGAGCAGCACCAUCACACUCGUCACGCGCAGCUUCGAGAACAGUUACUACAAGCCAUCAAUCGUGCAGUAUUCGCCCUCGCUCUUCGAUGGCGAAUUCUCCGAUCCUUCCAAGUGGCUGUUCCUCGACAUGCGGCAGGAUGGCAGCUCCAUUGGCCGGCAGUUCGAUCGGCUCGGCAGCGUGCAGCUGGGUGGGACAGAGGUGUGGCGCACAGACAACGCCGAGCCGAUCGCGAAGCCGCCAGGCAUCGUGUGGUCCACCACACGCGAGAUGGGCAAGUACUACGAUCUCUUCAGCAAGCCCAACACGCUCCUCUUUGACUACCCGAACAUCGUCAACGACGUGUACACGGGCGCGCUGAACAUCACCCUUACUCUGACGGCCUACAUUGCCUCGGGCACGCCAGACUCCUCGGCGCCAGCACAGCCUCUGCCGCUCGCGUCGACCUCGCCUCUCAUCUUUCCGCUCUCGAAGCAGACGCUCGAUCAGAACGCCUUCUUCUGCGUUGGCGGAGAUGAGGGCGGAGGGGAGUGCGGCGGCUCCGGCAGCGAUCAGAGCACGACAAAGAUCACGCUGCCGCAGAACGCGGCGUCGGCUGUCGUGGAGAUCUUCGCUAGCGGCACUGCCAAGGACGAGUUCUGGUACAACAAUCUGCCGAACACGGUCUACAAGCAGCUCAGCGCCGACACCGCCAAGGCGCUGAAUGCCUACCCACGCGGCCCGUACCGCGAAGUGCAGCUGCUGAUCGACGGCAAGCUGGCCGGCGCGGUGCUGCCAUUCCCGGUCAUCUUCACCGGCGGCAUCAGUCCCGCAAUGUGGCGGCCACAGGCGUCGUACGGCGCGUUCAAUCAGCCGACGUACCUCAUCGACAUCUCGCCGUUCCUCGGCACGCUCACCGACAGCCAGGCACACGCCUUCAAGCUGCAGGUCGUCAGCGCCGAGAAGGAUCAGAGCAUCAUGGCGUCCUGGUUCCUCUCUGGCAACGUGCAGGUCGUGCUAGACACCAGCUCGGAGCGCACGACGGGUGCUCUCACGGUGCACGAUGCGCCGGUGGCGGGAGACUGGAGCAGCUCGGGCACCGUCAAGGGCGACGUGAGCCGCGACGGCACGCUCACGUCAGAGGUGCGAGCCAAUGCGCCGCGCAGCAUCCACAUCGAGGGCACGAUUCAGACUGGCAGCGACGCCUCGGCGCGCACCGUGGUCUGGAAGCAGGACAUGACGUACGCGAGCAAGCUGUACAUCUCGGGCCAGAGCGGCGUGCAGAAGAUCGAGCAGAACUCGUCGGGCACCGCCUCGUCCACGCACGGCGGCAAGCCAUUCCUUGGCUCGUCCUUCAGCUAUCCUCUGCUGGUCAACUCGUACGGCAACGACACGAGCAACACUGCAGAGGUCGACCUGAGCUUCGAGCAGACGCUCGUGAUCGCUGAUAAGCGCUUUGGCGAGCCGAUCGAGCAAGGCACGGCGCUGCGGCAGAAGAGCUCUGGCACGAUCAACUCGACGUCGCACACGAUCAGCCAGGCCAACUCCUUGUCGCACUUUGUGUACCAUGACAACACCGGCAUGAACUUCUCGCGCGACACGGCUACGGACGGCACGACCAUCGCUCACGACCGGCUAGCCGGCACGCUCGCGGGCCAGGCGCAGCCCGUGCAAGCUCAGGCGCGAGUGCCAGCCUCCUUCCGAGCGCAACAGCUGCGCUCUUGA